AGGUUAUUUCGAGUUUUCAACAAUUAUUGUUAAAUUAAUAAAGUUCGUUUCUAGUUUCAUCUCGAUAAGAGACAGUUAUAAUUUGCCAUGGAAUCAAAAUUUAACAAAGCAAACUGUAGUAAUUUGCCCAAAAUUAACGCCGUUAGCUUGACAAAUUUUUUAUAAUUAAAAACUAUUUUUGUUUAUCGAAAGUACGCAGAGUUAAAACUUGUAAGUAUUAUGUGAAGAACAAACAAAGUCAUAUUUAAUUAGCAGUUACCAGUCGAAUUUACCCACUGUAGAAUGAAAAUACUUAUUUUGAGGUUAGCGAAUACAAAGUUUCAAUAACUUUAAUUUAAUUAAGUCGUAACAUUUUAUAUGUGGUAUAUUAUGGUAGAUUUUGCAAAAUUGAUUACUUUUACUAUACAUUUAUAAACAGAUAUAUCAAUUUUUGUUUCAUACUUACAUCAAAAUGAUCUUCACAGAAAUAAUUAGUUGAUAAAGUAAAAGCAUCUUAUCUCCUUGCCAUUUUUAACCACUUUCUUCGUAUUUCUUUAUUGUUUUUAUCACAUUGGGGCACUACACAGUAUUUAUAAUACGAGGAAUUCAUUAUUUAUUGAAAAAUUGAACAAUUGACUGUCGUAAACAAACACAACUGUUAUGACAUAAGUAAAGACGCCAUGACAGUCUUGGCCUUUUUCGCGGUUAAUUCUAAUUCUGAUUGUUCGUGUAUUUGGUAACGAAAAAUUAUAAUAGAUAAUUUCUUAUCAAAAUGAACUAUACCUCUAUAAUUUUUUUUCGGAUUUAAUAAUCUUGUCUAAAAAAUUCGAUCACUUAUAAGUCUGAUAAUGUUAAUUUACAUUAAAUAAAAUGUUUAUAAGAAAUUGUAUACAUACGUUACGAGAAAUCAAAAGUAUUUCCAUAUCUGUAGUAAGUACCCGCCAUGUCGUUUAGCUUUCUUUUUCCGAUACAAUAUACCGCGUGAAUCGGUAGUCGUUAAUAGCCGAUAGAGAUUUAGAAAGGAGUUUCACUUUCUUUUUCGACGAGUAAUUGCGAGUUUAGUAAAUGUAUUUAGCGAAAAUCGGAAUGUUUUGUUCCCGGGAUAAUUCUUUUGGAAAGAAAAUUAUAAAAUAGUUAGAAUCUUUUGUGUAACCUCGUUACGACUAAUAAUUAAUAAUUCAGUGAUAUUCCACUAAUUUUUAUGAAUAUUUAACGAUGCUAUGACAUUUAUGUUUCUGUUUGCAACAUGUUAUAAUCUUCGAGUUGAGAGUGCGGUAAUAUUGUGAUUUGGAAGUUUUCAUAUGGAUACAAGUACUGAUAUGGAACCCAAAAACGUCAAAAGGAUGUUUUCCUGGCAAAAUGUAUCGUUCAGUGAAAGUGCGACAAUGGGCGAUCGGGUAGAACCACAAGCUCCAGGGCCUGAUUUAGUUGGUGUUAAUGUCGAAAGACCCCCAUUAGUGCAUCAACACUCAACAAUAUGGAAUAGGAGACAGAACGCAGUCAGUGUUCGACACGCCUACAAACACUACGGCUCCAAAAAGAAACCAAAUAAUGUACUUAGUGACUUGAACAUGACCGUUGGCAAGGGAACUAUAUAUGGUUUAUUAGGAGCAUCAGGUUGUGGUAAAACGACGCUUCUUUCCUGUAUUGUCGGACGGAGACGAUUGAAUACGGGGGAAAUUUGGGUUUUGGGAGGAAAACCAGGUACAAGAGGUUCGGGUGUACCUGGUAAACGAGUCGGAUACAUGCCACAAGAAAUCGCGCUCUACGGAGAAUUCACGAUCAAAGAAACUAUGAUGUACUUCGGAUGGAUCUUCGGUAUGGAAUCCAAGGAAAUUUAUGAAAGACUGCAGUUUCUACUCAACUUUUUGGAUUUACCUAGUCAAAAUCGGAUGGUUAAAAAUCUUAGUGGUGGUCAACAACGGAGAGUAUCAUUCGCAGUAGCUUUAAUGCACGAUCCUGAACUUUUAAUCCUUGACGAACCAACGGUAGGUGUGGAUCCUUUGCUUAGACAAAGUAUAUGGAAUCACCUUGUACAUAUUACGAAAGAUGGUAAUAAAACUGUUAUAAUUACUACACAUUAUAUAGAAGAGGCUCGACAAGCACAUACGAUUGGCCUAAUGAGAAGCGGUCGACUUUUGGCGGAAGAAUCUCCGCAAGUUUUAUUAACUAUGUAUCAAUGUACUUCAUUAGAAGAUGUAUUUUUGAAAUUGUCCAGAAAACAAGUUCAAGUAGGAGCAACGGAUAACGAAGAACAGAAUAUGGCGAAUAACAUUAGUUUGGCUACAUUAAAUUGGUCGAAAAAAGAAGCCAUAUCGGUGACUGAAGAAAGCGGUGUAGUAGGAUUGAACUUCCAUCAAAGUAAAGAAGUUUUAGUUACCGAUUCGAACGGGCACGUAGAUGGAGCGAGAACUCCCUCUGCAACUCAAGGUAUUAAAGAAGCGUGCGACGAUUGUGGACAUUGUUCCGAAUUUACGACAACCGGAAAAAUUCGAGCUCUCCUUCAGAAAAACUUUUUAAGAAUGUGGAGGAACGUAGGGGUGAUGCUGUUCAUUUUUGCCUUACCUGUGAUGCAAGUUAUUCUCUUCUGUUUGGCUAUCGGAGGAGAUCCCAAAGGACUCAAGCUAGCUAUCGUUAAUCACGAAAAGAAUUAUACUAAUUUGACCUAUCAGGAAUGUAAUUGGGAACGGAAAUGUUCAUUUUCUAAUUUAAGUUGUCGAUAUAUAGACGCAAUAAACUCAUCGACAAUAAUCAAACAAUAUUAUCGAACGCCGGAAGAAGCUAAAGAUGCCGUUAGGAUGGGGGAUGCAUGGGGAGCUUUAUACUUCACCGAGAACUUUACCGACGCUUUGGUAGCUAGAAUGGCUUUAGGAAAAGACGCCGAUGAGGAAACGUUGGACCAAAGCGAAGUCAGAGUCUGGUUGGACAUGUCUAAUCAACAAAUCGGUAUAAUUCUUCAAAGGGAUCUUCAAUUAUCAUUCCAAAAUUUCACGAAAGACAUAUUUAGAGAUUGUGAUUAUAAUGAACAAUUGGCAGAAAUACCGAUUUCGUUUAAGGAACCGAUCUACGGAUCGAAUCAACCGUCUUUUACAGAUUUCGUAGCGCCCGGUGUUAUUUUAACAAUCGUUUUCUUUUUGGCUGUGGCGUUAACGUCGUCCGCUUUGAUUAUUGAAAGAAUGGAAGGAUUAUUGGAUAGAUCGUGGGUGGCAGGUGUAACUCCAGGCGAGAUACUCUUCUCUCACGUUAUAACACAAUUCGUUGUGAUGUGCGGACAAACGGCUCUAGUUUUAAUCUUUAUGAUUCUCGUGUUCCAAGUAGAAUGUAGGGGUGAUAUUAUAACUGUAGUUUUCAUUACUAUUCUUCAAGGACUAUGCGGAAUGUGUUUCGGUUUCGUGAUAUCCGCGAUAUGUGAACUCGAACGAAACGCAAUUCAAUUAGCUUUGGGUAGUUUUUAUCCAACUUUAUUACUUAGCGGCGUCAUAUGGCCGAUAGAAGGUAUGCCUACAAUUCUCAGAUACAUAUCUACUUUUCUACCUCUGACCUUAGCUACGACGUCGUUGAGGUCUAUGAUGACAAGAGGAUGGUCCAUAGUAGAACCCGACGUAUACUACGGAUUUAUCGCUACUAUAGUUUGGAUAAUCUUAUUUUUAACGAUUAGUUUAGUUGUAUUGAGAGCGAAGAGGGGUUGAAAACGGAUUAAAUUAAGUAAAAGUGACAAAUUUUAUUCAUCAGAUAAUUCGGUAAUGAAACCAAUCACAAAAAGAUUUCUAAUUAUCCAUUUAUAACCAGUAAAACUCAAAUUUGAUCGGUUUCGAACGCUUUAUUUAUAUUAGCAACUUGCCUCUUGUUUAAAUGUUUUUAGGGUACCAUUUAAUUUUUAAUUUUUUGUAUUAUUUUUUACUUAAUGCGCACGUACCGUCUUACAAUAAAUUUAUACUGGUAUAACGAUAAAAAUACUGCUCAUAUAAUAUAAAAAUAGGAAAUUAAUUAUUUCUAAAUUAACCGAAAUGGCCAUUGCAAACGAGAAAUAUGAUAGGCAGCGAAAAAUCGGUACUUGAAUAUGAAUUUUAAGAAUCUAAUAUUUUCUGUCGUCUGAGAUUCAGGUUGUUUUUAAACUGUUGACUAUUUUUUUUUAAUAUCGAUAUAAGAUGUACGGUUUGCAUAGAUAAUACAUGUGCUCAAGUUUAAUUUACAUAUUUAAGUGGUAUUGUGAUGUAUGUUUUGUUAUAUAGUAGGUAUAAUAAAAUUUUACCCAAAAAAAUUUGUUUUAUUAU